AUGAUUGGAAAAAAGCUGAAGAGGCCUUCAUCCUGCAGUGGAUCGAUACGGGCUGAUGAUGAUGAUGAUGAUGAUGAUGAUGAUGAUGUUCUGAAUAAUCAAACAAUAGUUGGUAAUCCAGCCGAAUAUUAUUAUUAUUUUAAUGCAUCACAACGAAAUGUAUGUUAUUUAGCACCAGAACGUUUUUAUGAUCAAACAAGAAUGAGAAAUGAUAUUAAUAAUGAUACAUUUUCAACGAGUUUUGGCAAGUUAGGUACUUCAGCAAUGGAUAUUUUUUCUCUCGGCUGUAUUUUAGCAGAAUUAUUUACUGAACAACCUUUGUUUACUUUGACACAAAUGCUUGAUUAUAGAACUGAUGGUUAUGAUCCAAUGCCAAUUGUUAAUAAAAUAGUUGAUAUUGAUAUACGAGCAAUGGUUGCAAGUAUGAUUGAUCAUGAUCCAUCGAAACGUCAUACUGCGGAACAAUAUCUUGAUGAACAAACAGGCAAAGCAUUUCCAUCUUGUUUUUAUACAUUUCUUUUACCAUAUGUACAAAAAAUUUUAAAAGAAUUUUCACCAGAUUUUGUAGUUUAUAAACUACAUCGAGAUUUUUCAUAUAUAAUCAAUAGCUUACUUGUUGAAAAUAAUAAUACAAAUGAGAAUUCAAUGGAAAUCGAUGAAGAAAAAAGUCAAGAAUCAUCACAAUGUUUAUUAAUACUUCUUUCACUUGCUUUAUCUUGUAUGAGAAAAUUAAAACAUUUACAUUCUCGGCUUCUUGCACUUGAACUUUUACGCUUAAUGAUUCCUCUUGUUGAUGAUCAAAUUAUACUCGAUCGAAUUUUACCCUAUGUGAGUAAACAUAAGCGGGAUCAGUCGAUUUUGGUUCAAACAUCAUUUAGUAAAAGUUUUAGUCCGGAUCUCUUAUCAGAAUAA